AUGUCUUCCCAAAACUCCGGUUCCAGCUCCGGCUCCACUGGUGGCAGCAGUGGCAGUGGCAGCGGCUACACCAUCAACUCGAGCGGCACCAACUCGCAGGGCAACCACUACUGCUCUCGCGACUACGGCUCUUCUGCUUCCAACAGCAACUCGUACCAUUACAGCAACACUGACGGGAGCUACUACUAUUCCAACCCCAACGGAUCCACGUACUACAACGACGGGCAGGGUGGCUCUACUUACACGGCUCCAGGCGGGAAAGGCAAAUAG